AGUGAUUGCCACGUCAUCGGGAACGUGCACUCUCUUUCUUUCUCGCUCUCCGUUUCUCUCGGUUUCUGGAUUCCCGGAAAAAAAAAAAACAGUUAUCGUCGUCGAGUCUCCUCCGUCUUCUGGUCAACGAUGAAUAUCUUUAGAUUCGCCGGCGAUAUGACUCACUUGAUGAGUAUCUUAAUCCUUCUCCUCAAAAUCUACGCCACGAAAUCCUGCGCUGGAAUCUCUCUCAAGACGCAGGAGCUGUAUGCGCUUGUGUUCUUGACUCGGUACCUGGAUCUGUUCACCGAUUACGUGUCUCUCUACAACAGCGUGAUGAAGGUCGUCUUCGUUGCUAGCUCGCUGGCUAUCGUUUGGUGUAUGCGUAGGCAUCCACUCGUGCGAAAGUCGUACGAUAAGGAUCUGGAUACGUUUCGUCAUCAGUACGUUGUGUUGGCGUGUUUCGUGUUGGGGCUUCUCCUGCAUGAGAGUUUCACAUUCCAAGAGGUGUUAUGGGCCUUUUCUAUAUACUUGGAGGCAGUUGCUAUCCUUCCUCAGUUGGUUCUGCUACAAAGAAGUGGGAAUGUGGACAAUUUGACUGGACAAUAUGUUCUCUUUCUCGGGGCGUAUCGUGGAUUAUAUAUCAUCAACUGGAUCUAUCGCUAUUUCACAGAAGAUCAUUUCACUAGAUGGAUCGCUUGUGUAUCCGGUCUUGUCCAAACUGCUCUCUAUGCUGAUUUCUUCUACUAUUACUACUUGAGCUGGAAAACCAAUACCAAACUGAAGCUUCCGGCUUGAGAAAAACCAGACAAAUUUUGCAAGUGUUAGAAAAACAAGAGACAUUGUUAGUAUUUGGUUUCCCCCUGUUGUUUCAAUCUAACAAGAGUUGAACGAUGCCGAAUUGUUGUGUAAGAUGCUUCACAUUGUAACUUUCCCGUGUAUGAAUUCCACGUAGAGAUUGAAAUCAAAUCUAUUCGUUUUAGUGUU